AUGAAAGUUGAUCUUGGUUCCAGCUCAGCGAGUUCUUCUAAAGUCAGUCCAUCGAACGUCACCUGUGUAAGCAGUGAGGUGAAGCUCCCACAAAUACAGUUACCCACAUUCUCCGGUAAUUAUGAAGAGUGGCAGAGCUUCCAUGACAUGUUUGUCUCUUUGAUCGAUAGAAAUCCAUCAUUAAGCCAGGUUCAGAAGUUGCAUUACCUGAAAUGUAGUUUAAAAGGCGAACCUGAGAAUUUAUUAAGGAGCUUAUCGACUACCGAUACAAAUUAUGAAGAGGCGUGGGACAGAUUAAAGCGCAGGUAUAAUAACAAGAGAUUCAACGUCAACGAAAUUCUAAAACGUUUAUUCGGUCAAAAGCCUAUGUCUAGCGAGUCGGCUACAGCAAUCAAGCAUCUUAUCGAUACCACGGAGGCAUGUUUGAAGGCUCUAAAGAAUUUAGAUAUUGACGUGUCUUCGUGGGAUGCGAUCAUUAAUUUUUUAAUAGUGUCAAAAUUAGAUUUAGAGUCCCGCCGCCAGUGGGAAACAGAGGCUGGCCGAUCCCAAACCGACAGCAUCCCAAAAUGGAGUGAGCUCGUAACCUUCCUGGAAAGUAGAUUUAGAACAUUGGAGAUGCUAGUAGGAGAAUUUAAACAAAACAUGAAGAAUAGUAUAAGCCCUAAGCAAACAAGACAAAAAUCGUUUCAUAUAAUACAAGAUAAUAAAAAAGAUACUUACAAAGAAAAUAGUAAAGUCUGCGUAUGCUGUUCAGAUGCUCAUUUAUUAUACCAAUGUAAACAAUUUGGAGGCAAGUCUCCCGAAGAGAGAUAUGAGUUCAUUCAAGCCAAGAGACUUUGCUUCAAUUGUUUUUCAUCCAACCACAACGUGAGGAGCUGUCACCAGUCGACGUGUUGCCGGCGUUGUGGCAGAAGACACCACACCCUGCUGCAUAUAGAAAGAGAUCCUCCCCCUGUGUCUGGGGAACCAUGUACGAGUAAAGGCCACCAACCGACGAGUUUAGAUGAGAAUCGUCAUUAUGAUAAGAAAGUGGUAGCUCAUUUUGCGAAAGAUAAACAUCAGGUUAAGGUGCUAUUAGCUACAGCAUUAGCUAGGAUUAAAUCCGCAAAUGGUUGCGUCCAAACCGCGCGAAUAUUAAUCGAUCAAGGCUCUGAGGCUUCUUUUAUUACCGAAAGUACUGUACAAUAUUUAUGUCUUAAGCGUACACCAAUAAACGGUUUAAUAACUGGCGUAGGUGAUGGUAAACUUAGAUCUAAGCACAUUGUUUCUUUUGAGUUAGAAUCUCUACAUAAUCAUGAAUUUUCUGUUUCAGUAAAUGCAUUUGUGUUACCAUCUUUAACAUCGUUUCUUCCGUCGAGUAAGGUUUCCAUUUUUGAUUGGCCAGAGCUCAGUAAUCUACCUUUAGCAGAUCCCAAAUAUGGUUCACCUGGUAAGAUAGAUAUUAUUUUGGGAGUUGAUAUUUUCAGUCAAAUAAUGUUGAGUGGUUUCUUGAAACAUCCUAUACAUGACGGUCCUAUUGCACAGAAUACUCAUCUUGGCUGGAUCUUGUCUGGAAGAAUAGGCGAAAAUGAAGAAUCAAAUCCUAGAGUAGUAAAUUUACAUUUACAGGUUAGAGAAGAUAAUAUUUUGACACAGUUUUGGGAAAUUGAAAGAGAACCAGAUUUAAUAGGAAAGAAACUUACGAAGGAAGAAAUCAGAUGUGAAGAAAUUUAUGAGAGUACUACCACAAGAAAUGAAGAAGGUCGUUACGUAGUGAGAUUGCCAUUUAAGGAGCCAGAUCCAAAGUGUGUGUACGGAAAUUCCAAGGAAGUUGCUUUGAAGAGAUUUAAGGUAUUAGAAAGAAAGUUUAAAAAGAAUUCUGACUUGCACGCUGAAUAUGAGAAGGUUAUAGUCGACUACCAGAACCAGAAACACAUGAAGCCGAUUCUAAGUAAGGAGGAUAUUGAGUAUCCGUUUUCCUUUUAUCUUCCUCAUCACGCCGUGAUAAGGGAAGACAAGGAAACUACCAAACUUCGUGUUGUUUUUGAUGCGUCGUGCAAGGGGAAUAAUAACGUAUCAUUGAAUGACACGUUACUCGUUGGACCUAAAAUUCAACAAGAUUUGCGCCACAUUUUAAUGAGGUGGCGAACGCAUAUUUAUUGUAUUGUGGCAGACAUCGUACAGAUGUAUAGACAAAUAGUGGUACAUGAAGAUGAUUCAAAUUUCCAAAGAAUUUUAUGGCGAGCUGAUCCAUCGCAACCCAUACAACAUUUUAAGCUAUCGCGACUUACCUUCGGUACUGCUUGUGCACCGUAUUUGGCGGUUAAAUCACUCCAACAAUUGGCUCGAGAUGAAGAGUCGAAAUAUCCACUUGCCGCAAAAAUUACACUUGAAGAUUUUUAUAUGGACGAUUUGCUGACCGGUUGUAAUUCAGAAGAGGAAGCGAUAGAUAUUUAUACAGAGAUGAAUCAAUUAAUGUCAAGAGGUGGGUUUAAGCUCCAAAAGUGGUGCAGUAAUUGUCCCAAAUUACUGAGUUAUAUCGAAAAUGAGAAUCAAUCUUCAAAGGAUACAUUUAUUUUUAAGAUCAAUGAUACAAUUAAAGUGUUGGGUAUUUCCUGGAAUAAAAACAUAGAUAAAUUUGAGUAUACUUACAAUUUACCGGAGUUAGAUGAGCCUGUAACCAAACGGAAAGUGUUGUCUGAUAUUGCGCGACUUUACGACCCUUUGGGUUGGGUUGCUCCUGUCCUGAUUACGGCGAAGAUCUUUAUGCAAACACUGUGGAAAUCUGGAUUGAAUUGGGAUGAAAAUCUUUCGACAGAAUUAUUAAACCAAUGGCUACACUUUAGAAAAGAGUUAGAUGGUAUUCGAGGAAUAGCUGUUCCUAGGUGGCUCUCUACAACGAAAGAUAAUCCAGUUGAGCUUCACGUAUUUGCUGACGCUUCUCAGGUAGCUUAUGCUGCUGUCGUCUACCUGAAAACCGUGGACACCGAAGGUAAUACUUACGUAAAUGUAGUCACAUCCAAAACUAAAGUCGCCCCAAUUCAGAAGGAGAUAUCCAUCCCAAGAAUGGAGCUAUGCGCGGCGUUACUGGCUGCCAAAUUAAUUUCUGAGGUUGCACAAGUACUGCAGGUACCUAAAGAUAAGUUGUUUGCCUGGUCUGACUCGACCAUAGUGCUUGCAUGGCUCCGUGGAGAACCCAGCCGUUGGACGACGUUUGUAAGCAACAGGGUCUCCGAGAUUUUGACUGUUCUAGAUAGUGAUCAAUGGAACCAUGUUGCCACUGAUCAAAAUCCAGCCGAUUGUGCCUCUAGGGGUAUAUCCUCUCGAGAACUAAUCCAUUAUGAUCUUUGGUGGCAUGGUCCUAAGAGUUUACGCGAAAACCAUGUUUAUAGUACACAUUUAGAUGUUGACACUGAUGUUGAAUUACGACCUUUAAAAGUACUUACCAAUACGAUGCGAUCUGAUGAAGAAUUUAUAUGGGAGCGGUUUUCAAAUUUAACUAGAAUGUUACGAGUUUUAUCUUACUGUAGAAAAUUUCUAAAACUAAGGGAACCUAAAGAGUUAAGAGAUGUUAAUAAAAGAAUUACGACCAAUGAAAUGAACACUAUAUUAGAUAUAAUUGUAAAAGCUACCCAAAGACUAUAUUUUGAAGAUGAAAUUAAUAAGUUAAUGUCUCGAACCGGAAGUGUUACUAAAGGAAGUCCACUGCACACUCUUGCACCCUUUCUUGAUGAAAAAGGGUUGCUAAGGGUGGGCGGUCGAAUACAACUGUCUUCUGUGCAGUUUAAUAAGAAACAUCCUCUAAUUUUGCCCAGUGAGUCUCAUCUCACUAGGUUAUUAAUAUUGGAUGCGCACCAGAGAACACUUCACGGGGGUCCACAGCUUAUGAUAAACUUCUUGAGAAAUAAAUUUUGGAUCCUACGACUUAGAGAAAAGGUGAAGAAGUGCUACAGAGAGUGCAUGACUUGCCUACGUUAUUCUCGUCAGGAUAACAACCAAUUAAUGGGCCAGUUACCUAAGGUUAGAUUGACUCCAGAUAAACCAUUUAGGUCAUCAGGUGUUGAUUUUACCGGGUACAUAGAUAUUAGGUUUUCGCCUGGUAGAGGAUCGAAAUCCUAUAAAGGCUAUAUUUGUCUAUUUGUAUGUAUGGCGACUAAGGCGAUCCACUUAGAGGCUGUGUCAGAUCUUACCAGUUCUGGAUUUAUAGCUGCAUUCAAACGCUUUGUGUCUCGAAGAGGGCACUGCCGCGAUCUGUACAGCGACAAUGGGACUAAUUUCGUUGGUGCGGAUAAAGAGCUACGUAAAAUGUUAGGUCAAGCAAAAUCAGAGUUGGCCGACGAAAUUGCUAAUUUACUUACCGAGGACGGAACCACUUGGCAUUUUAUACCACCACACGCGCCUAACUUUGGAGGGCUCUGGGAAGCUGGUGUUCGUUCAGUGAAAACACACCUGAAAAGAAUUAUAGGAGACGCAAUACUUACCUUCGAAGAACUGACAACUGUGUUGACCCAAGUAGAGGCGUGCUUAAACUCCCGUCCAAUUUCAGCAAUUAGCGAUAAUCCAGAUGAUGAGAUGCCCCUCACACCUGGGCACUUCCUAGUCGGUGAACCAUUAGUUUUAAUUCCUGAUAGCGAUUAUUCAAAGACCUCUCUCACAGGCCUUCAAAGGUGGAAGCUUACUCAACGGAUGGUUAAUAAUUUUUGGAAGACAUGGUCAAAAGAGUAUUUGGUGACGUUAAAUAAUAGGUACAAAUGGUUUUCAAAAAACCUCUCCUCCUCGCUCCACCGGUCCUCUUUCGCUCGGAUUGUGUUAGUGUUCAGACGUGUUUUUUGCUGCGCCGCUUCUAUAAAACCGGUUUACCUUGACUACUUAAACUACGGACUUUUGUCAAAAAUGUCUAAAGUACAAAGAUCUCCACCCGGAAACAAAGUGCACCAUGUCUCGUCUGAAAAUGAUAUUACUAGACUUGAUCCCGAAAAUACCUUAAUUGGAAGAAGGCAAAAGAGGCUUCGUACCGAUGUUCACUCCUCCGAGGAGAAAUCUUUGAAAGAAGAACUACUUGCUAUGCUUACUACUUGGAAAAAGGAUCAAGAUACGACAUUCCAAGCUAUGAGAACUGAAAUUGCUGAGUUGAAACAACAGUUAACUGGUAUACAAAACCAAAAUAUAGAAUUAGAAAAGUCUAUCAAUUUUUUGUCACAACAGUAUGAAGAUAUCAAAGAAAAACUCUCUUGUAUGGAUAAAGAAAGGCGUGAACAAUUGCUACACAUUUCUACUUUAGAUAAUAGAAUUGAUGAUAUGCAAAAAAAGGCGAAGUUCACAGUUUUGGAGUUUCGUAACUUACCUCAAGCACAACAAAUAAAGUCUGAGACACAACAAGAUUUAUUUGAUAUUGUUCAAAGAAUGAGUAAUGCAUUAAAUAUCGAAUUACAAAAAUAUGACAUAAAGGAUAUCUUUCGAAUUAAGGGAAAAUCUGGUAAUUCAACAAUUAUUGCAGACUUUACAUCUGUGUUAACUAGAAAUAACAUUCUAAGUGCAGUGAAACAGUAUAACAAAGAUAACUCACAAAAAUUAACCUCCUCGUCUAUAGGACUACCUGGUCCAAGCUCACCAAUAUUUGUAUCUGAGAGUUUAACAGACAAAGACAGAAGGCUAUUUGCUGUAGCGCGUAACAAAAGUAAAGAAUUAGGUUUCAAAUUCUGUUGGACUAAUAAGGGAAGAAUUUUUGUGCGUAAAUCUGAAGGUAACCCUCGCUAUGAAAUUAAAACGGACUCUGAUUUGUUAAAGUUAAAGUCAACCUGA